CGCGACUCUUGUGUUUGUAUCGCUUUGCCUUACACUGCGUAUUGUUUCGAAGUGCGAUACGAUAUACAACGAUAGCUUAAAAAUAUAACUUUGCAUGCACUGAAAGAGCAAUGACUUGAAAAGAAACCCAUACAAAACAUACUGUGCUCAUAUUAUCAUGUAACAACAUACUGUGCUCUUAUUUUUAUCGUGUAAAAAUUAGCAGUUGUGUUGGAAUGUUUUUUUUUUUGUUUUAAUAGUUGGGCUGGUUAGUAAGAUGUCAAAUGAUCGUGGAUUAUUUAGCUGGUUUUCAAAUAUGGGCACAUACUGGAUGUCGGUAUGAGGUUGUUUGAUUUACUCCUCAGGGUGAGUCACACCUUAAUGACAGUACCUGUUGGCAGCUGCCUCUGUCUGAUCACAAAUAAAGUAGAUUCUAUUCCGGACGUUCAGCCUCCCUUCAGGAAAAUGUUACGGAGUCACUUUAAUUGGUGUCAUGCGCUACCCUCUGCUACUCCUCCUCCUCUCUCUCUUUCUCUCUCUCUUUCUUCUCAUUCUCCCGCAUGGUCUGAGUUUCUCUUCAAUAGGUAUGUGUAGCCUUUCUGUUUAGUAGAGCUCCUACAGUGAACUACUGUUCAAAAGAUUUGCAGUUAUAAAUAACUGCCGUGCAGUGUCAGUAUGUGAGAAAGGAACUGUAGAUGUGGAUCCAGGAAUUGAGCAUGCUGUAAACAACUGUAAAGUGUUCUGACCUGAGCCAAGGACCAAUGACAUGGCUACAGGUGAAAAGCCCUCCUCCUCUUCCUCCUCCUCUUCCACGUUGGACCUGAGCGGGGAGCCCCUGCAGUCCCCCAGCAGCCCCCCCCAACUCACCCACUUCAAACCCCUCACCCCCGAGCAGGAGGAGCCCCCCCUCAAAUCCGCCUACAGCUCCUUCGUCAGCCUCUUCCGCUUCAGCAGAGAUGAGGCCAGACCUGCUGCAGCUCCAGAGAAAAGCAAAGUUGAUCCAGGGUGCCACCAGGGGGCGAGAGAGUCCUGUUCUAGUGCAAAGCACACAAGCAGGGCCCAGUCUGUAAAGACGUCAACGCAGAACAAACAGCAUUCCACAGACAGCCAGAGACGAAGCUCCACAGUGUCAGAGGGCCGCAGGAAGGCGGAGCCGCCCCUGGGUGGCCAUGACCCCCGCACAGCGGUGCAGCUGCGCAGCAUCAGCACGGUGCUGAAACGGCUGAAGGAGAUCAUGGAGGGGAAGAGCCAGGACAGUGACCUGAAGCAGUACUGGAUGCCGGACAGCCAGUGUAAAGAGUGCUACGACUGCAAUGAGAAAUUCACCACGUUCAGGCGGAGGCACCACUGUCGGCUCUGCGGACAAAUCUUCUGUAGCCGCUGCUGUAACCAGGAGAUCCCUGGGAAAUUCAUGGGAUAUACAGGGGAUCUCCGGGCCUGCACCUACUGUCGUAAGAUAGCGCUGAGCUACGCGCACUCCGCUGACAGCAGCUCCAUCGGGGAGGACCUGAGCACUCUGUCUGACGCCACCUGUGCCGUGUCCGCGCUGGAACCCAGCGAGCCACGCACCCCCGUCGGGGGCAGGAAGGCCAGUCGCAAUAUCUUCCUGGAGGAGGAUCUGGCCUGGCAGAGUUUAAUUCUCCAGGACUCCCAGCCCAACAGCCUGGCGACUCGGCUGGCCAGCAUGCAGGAGGAUGUGGGGAGGUCUCCAGCGCGGAACAGGUCUGCCAGCAUUACUAACCUGUCCCUGGACCGCUCGGGCACCUCCAUGCUCCCCUACGAGAGCUCCAUCAGCCCCCAGACCAGCCGCGCUUACAUCAAGGGAGACGCCAACGAGGAGGAGAGGAAGAUCCUGCUGGAUUCUGUGCAGCUGAAGGACCUGUGGAAGAAAAUUUGCCACCACAGCACCGGCAUGGAGUUCCAGGACCACCGUUAUUGGCUGCGCACCUACCCCAACUGCAUUGUGGGCAAGGAGCUGGUGAACUGGCUCUUGAGGAACGGGCACAUCUCAACAAGAGCCCAGGCUAUAGCGAUUGGUCAGGCGCUGGCAGAUGGACGAUGGCUGGACUGUGUCACUCAUCAUGAUCAGCUGUUUAGGGAUGAAUAUGUCCUUUACCGCCCCCUGCAGAGCACAGAGUUUUCCGAGACUCCAUCUCCAGACAGCGAUUCAGUGAACUCCCUGGAGGGCCACUCGGAGCCCUCCUGGUUUAAAGACAUCAAGUUUGAUGACAGCGACACGGAGCAGAUUGCAGACGAGGGAGAAGACAACAUGCCAAACUCUGCCAGUCCUAGCAAGCGGACCUCAGUUAGCAGUUUCCAGUCUGCAGUGGACAGUGACUCUGCUGCGUCUAUAAGUCUGAAUGUGGAGAUGGACAAUGUUAACUUCCACAUCAAGAAGCAGUCCAAGUACCCUCACGUGCCCCCCUACCCCGCUGAGCAGAAAGAGUUCCUGGUUUCAGAGGACGGAGGACAGCACAUGAUCUCCAUCAGUGACGCUUUCAUCAGAGAGUCCCUGUUUAACCGCCAGGUGGAGGAGAAGGCCAAGGAGCUGCUCUUCACUCCCCUGGGCUGGCACCGCAGCUCCCUGGAGCAGCUGAGAGAAGAGAAUGGAGAGAAGCAAGCCAUGGAGAGGCUGCUCUCUGCCAACCACAGCCACAUGAUGGCGCUGCUGCAGCAGCUGCUGUACAGCGAGUCCCUGUCCCUGUCCUGGAGGGACAUCAUCGUCCCGGUGGUGAGACAGGUGGUCCAGACGGUGCGUCCCGACGUCAGGAAUAACGAUGACGACAUGGACAUCCGCCAGUGUGUCCACGUCAAGAAGAUUCCUGGAGGGAAGAAAUUUGACUCUGCAGUUGUAAAUGGUUUUGUUUGCACCAAAAACAUAGCCCAUAAGAAGAUGAAUUCCUAUAUUAAAACCCCGAAGAUUCUGCUGCUGAAGUGCUCCAUUGAGUAUCUUUACCGUGAGGAGACCAAGUUCACCUGCAUCGACCCCAUAGUGCUGCAGGAACGGGAGUUCUUGAAGAACUACGUGCAGAGAGUCGUGGACGUUCGUCCUGAUUUGGUUUUGGUGGAGAAGACGGUGUCGAGGAUAGCCCAGGACAUGCUGCUGGAGCACGGCAUCACCUUGGUCAUCAACGUGAAGCCUCAAGUCUUGGACCGGGUGAGCCGCAUGACUCAAGGCGACUUAGUGAUGUCCAUGGAUCAGCUUCUGACGAAGCCUCGCUUGGGAACCUGCCACAAGUUCUAUAUGCACUCAUUCCAGCUGGCCAGUGAUCAAUCGAAGACCCUGAUGUUCUUUGAGGGCUGUCCUCUGCACUUAGGAUGCACCAUCAAACUGAGGGGGGCCUCGGAGUACGAACUAGCCAGGGUGAAGGAUAUCAUCAUCUUCAUGAUCUGCGUGGCCUAUCACUCCCAGCUGGAGAUCUCCUUCCUCAUGGACGAGUUUGCCAUGCCCCCCAGCCUGGCUAAGAGUGGCUCAUUCCAUUCCCUCAUCGAGGGCGGGGCUGCCGAGGCAAACAAACUGGACCUCUUCCAGGGGGCUGACGUCAGCACUGUCCUCAAAGAGCUGGACUUCGCAUCAGAAAAGCUGCCCGCAAUUUCAGAGUCGGUGUCCAGGGAGGUGGUCGACCAGCUUGUAGACAACGGGCUACUCGAUGAGAAGGUCCCCCCUGGUGAUGAGAAGGUCCCUGAGAAAUUAGAUGAAGCAAAGAUAGACAAUCCCGAAAUGGGUCCCCCGCACAGACUGACCCUGUCGUCCUCCUCCUCCUCCUCCUCCUCCUCCUCCCUGCCACCAGCGGUAGUGCUGCCCCCAUUUCUGAUGGAUGACGCUGAAGACAACAUCAGUCAGGACAGCAGGUUGAGUGAAGCAAGCACCCUUUAUGAAGGACAGUGUGACGGGCUCGCGGGACUGCAGGCAGCUCCGAGGCUGUUUAGGGACCCCCUUCAGGACGACACAGGGAUGUACAUCACAGAGCUGGUGACCUCCUCCGAGGACAGGCUGAAGUCUCACUCGGUGGCCUUCAAGCAAGAGCUGAAGGAUGUCAUCCUCUGCAUCUCGCCCUUCAUCUCGUUCAAGGAGCCCUUCCUCCUGACACAGAAAGGGAUGAGGUGCCCCAGCCGAGACUACUUCCACGAGCAGGUCUACCUCUCGCCUCUCAUCAGCAAGGAGUUCAAGGAGCAGGACAGCAGGAGGAAACGGCAGCUUCUGAAGGAGGCGUCGGCUUCUCAGCCCUCAAACGGGAGCGUGCCUGGCAGGUCUACCCAGGUCCUCCCCUCCCACGAGCUCACCAACACCCGGAUCGCAGAUCACCUCGGCAGCAGCCAGGGCCUGUCCAGGAUGCUGGCGGACUUCAGGGCUCGGGGCGGGAGGAUCAGACAGAAGGACGCUGACCCCUUUGUACAGAGCAAAGAGGCCUCUGGGAAGACUGGGACCAAGAGUGAGAGUGAUGACGAUCGGGGUCAUGUGCAGAAUGAGAUGGCCUGGGGGUCCAAGAUUGACUGUCUGAACCCUGCAAACCACCAGAGGCUUUGUGUUCUCUUCAGCAGCUCCUCGGCUCAGUCGAGCAACGCACCUAAUCCCUGCGUCAGCCCUUGGAUCGUUACAAUGGAGUUCUAUGGGAAGAACGAUCUUACACUUGGAAUAUUUCUGGAACGCUAUUGCUUCAGCAGGCCCUCGUACCAGUGCCCCAGCAUGCUCUGUGAGACUCCCAUGGUGCAUCACAUCCGGCGUUUUGUCCACGGGAGCGGCUGCGUGCAGAUCGUGCUCAAGGAGCUGGACUCGCCCGUGCCAGGAUACCAGCACACCAUCCUCACCUAUUCCUGGUGCAGGAUCUGCAAACAGGUCACUCCGGUGGUCCCCCUCUCCAAUGAUUCAUGGUCCAUGUCCUUUGCAAAGUACCUGGAGCUGCGUUUUUACGGGCACCAGUACACUCGCAGAGCCAACACCGAGCCCUGCGGGCACUCCGUCCACAACGAUUACCACCAGUACUUCUCCUAUAACCAGAUGGUGGCGUCCUUCAGUUACACUCCUGCCCGGCUGCUUGAAGUCUGCCUCCCCCCACCCAAAAUUUACGUGAAGCAGCAGACCCCUUCGAAAGGCAGCCUCUUUCAAGACCUUAAAGACUUCUCCCAAAAAGUAUCCCAGGUGUACCUGGCUAUAGACGACCGGCUCACCUCGCUCAAGACAGACACUUUCAGCAAAACCAGGGAGGAGAAGAUGGAAGACUUGUUUGCACAGAAAGAGAUGGAGGAGGUGGAAAUCCGGAACUGGAUUGAGAAGCUGCAGGCCAGGCUGCUGUCCUUUCUGGACACCCCCCAGCAGCUGCAGGCAGCGCUCGAGUCCAUCAUCGUGAAGAAGCAGAGCCUGUGCGAGAUGCUGCAGUCCUGGAACAACAGGCUGCAGGAUCUUUUCCAGCAAGACAAGGGAAGAAAGCGGCCAACUGUCCCUCCGAGCCCCGGGAGACACAGGCAGGCCGAGGAAAGCAAGACCAGCGUACUGGAUUCCUCACCACGCAAUGCCUCUCCUGUGAUACAGAAUGGGGAUAAAGAGGAUCGGUACCUUAGCAACAUGCCCUCGAGCUCCACCCUGCUCCAGCUGCCUUCUCCACCAGAGGGAGCCGUGGAGCAGCUCUCUUCUGGGCCGUCCUUCCCCAACACAUCGUCCACGAGUGACCAGGACUCGAGCAGCAUAACUGAAGAUGUUUUUGAUGGGCAUUUACUGGGCUCGACAGACGGUCAAGUCAAGGAGAAAUCCACCAUGAAAGCUAUUUUUGCAAACCUGCUUCCUGGUAACAGCUACAACCCCAUCCCAUUCCCAUUCGAGCCGGACAAGCACUAUCUGAUGUACGAACACGAGCGGGUUCCCAUCGCAGUGUGUGAGAAAGAGCCCAGCUCCAUCAUUGCCUUUGCACUCAGCUGCAAGGAGUACAAGACUGCCUUGGAGGAGCUGUCUGUGAAGGGCACCGGAGAGGAAGGACCUCCUCCACUUCACAGCACCACGGAAAGCAGAGCUAAAACCAGCAGCCCUGCCAGGCAGGUUGAGAUUGUAACAGCCCAGCUCAAUCGCAGCACGGACUCCGACGUACCAACCAGAAAGGCUUCAGGAGUGCUGUCUUUGUUCCGUGGUGCAGGGGGCAGCAGCCCUGACCUGUGCCCUGUGAGAAGGGAGCCUGUGCAGUCAGCAGACACUGCUUAUUAUCAGAUGGGACAGUCGGGGAAGGAGGGGGCAGACAAUGAUGGGAGUGAGCCCCCAGAAGAGGCAGAUGGGGGUGACAAACAUAAGAAACAGCUGGGCAAUCCCCACAUCGAGCUCCAGUUUUCAGACGCCAAUGCUAAGUUCUACUGCCGGAUCUACUAUGCAGAGGAAUUCCACAAAAUGCGGGAGGAGAUCAUGGAAAGCAGAGCGGACGAUUUUAUCCGCUCCCUGGCCCACUGUGUCAACUGGCAGGCUCGCGGAGGCAAAUCUGGUGCUGUCUUCUAUGCCACUGAGGAUGAUCGGUUUAUCCUGAAGCAGAUGCCUCGGCUGGAAGUUCAGUCUUUCCUAGACUUUGCUCCGCAUUAUUUCACCUACAUUACAGGAGCCGUGCAGCAGAAGAGACCCACAGCCCUGGCUAAGAUUCUUGGCGUCUAUCGGAUCGGCUAUAAAAAUUCUCAGAACAACACAGAAAAGAAGUUGGAUCUGCUGGUUAUGGAGAACCUUUUCUAUGGUUGUAAAAUGGCUCAGGUGUUUGACCUGAAGGGCUCCCUGCGGAACCGCAAUGUGAAGACGGACACUGGGAAGGAGAGCUGUGAAGUGGUGCUGCUGGAUGAGAACCUGCUGAAGCUGAUGCGGGACAGCCCACUCUACAUCCGCUCCCACUGCAAGUCUGUGCUCCGCGCCUCCAUUCACAGCGACGCCUACUUCCUCUCCAGCCACUUGAUCAUCGACUACUCCCUGCUGGUGGGGCGGGACGACUCCACGGACGAGCUGGUCGUGGGCAUCAUCGAUUAUAUCCGGACGUUUACGUGGGACAAGAAGCUUGAAAUGGUUGUGAAGUCCACAGGAAUCCUGGGUGGACAAGGUAAAAUGCCAACUGUAGUGUCCCCAGAGCUGUACAGGACUCGGUUCUGUGAAGCAAUGGAUAAGUACUUCCUAAUGGUACCGGAUCAUUGGACUGGAUUGGGCGUGAACUGUUGAUAUAGGAGCAGGAUUUUUUUUUUAUUUUAUUUUUUUUUAAAACAGACUUACAGAAUUACUUUUUUUUAUUUGCAAAAAAAAGAGAUGUUCUUUGCAUUUCAGAAACCAAGUAGAAAAAAUAAAUAAAUGGAAAUGUCUUUAAAAGCAUGCGCUCUAAGUGGAUUCCGUAUUGCACAGGUGGAAGAAUUGGGAGAAACAGCUGUGAGAAGUCAUUCAUACUUUCUUUAUCAUUAUCAAGCCUGCAACUGGCGUGCUGGUCUGGGCUGAAGAGAGCUGUUCCUUUAUUCUCUUCUCAACGUGGCUUUGGCUGAAUGAAGCACAUGAAAAUGAGGCUUGGCAUCGUAUGGACCAGCCUUGUCUGGAGCUCACAGUCUGACACAUUUAGUUGCUUUUGGAUACAGCUGUACACAGAUUUUACAGUGAGAGGGCGUACUUUCUUUCUUAUGUUAUCAUAAGCAAUCAAUGCCUCUCUACGUUAGGGAAUGUUACCUACUAUACCAUACAGUCUAUAGCACUGCCGGUUAUCCAGUACCCAGUACAUUAUAAAAGACACAAGGCAUUUUAACUGUGGAGAGGUAACCUCAGAAACAUUUUUCACAUUAUUGCCUGUCUACAAAAAGAUACAACAACAACAGCAACCCGAGUCUUUUCCAGGUUAUUCAUGGACAGUACAUGAAAAAGAAAAUGUUUAUUCAUGGUCUGAACUGCCUAGAGUAAAGUAUAAAUAUGGUCAGAUGUUUGAUACAACAAUACUCUUAACUAGAAUGUCUUCUCUACUGCAAAUCCUAUAUCCACUGGCCGGUUGUAAUCCGGUAAAGCUUAGAUCAUGAUUUUGGGCUGACUGAGAAUGUUUGACUCUUUCAGAGGGCUUCUGUUCAUUAACUGCUGUGGUUAAACAGGAAUACUUGUCUGUUUUAAAUACAAUAGUGCUGGCACACGGCCAUGGCUUCCUACAUUGAUGAGUGUAGGUGUUUAUAAACUGUUUGAAACAGCCUCUCAAGUGGCUAUGUUCUAGAUCCUUGUUCAGAAUUGGAGGGGGCUGGAAACUGCCUUUCCCUUGCCAUUAACUAGUGUCAAAAGCAUGUUAGACUUUAAUAAGCAUCAUGCAUUUACAUCUCUUCCUCUGUGUUUGCCCAUUUUAAAACGUGCUUUUAUAAGAAAUAUGUAUGGGGUCAAGUAGCCUAAUGUAUUUGGAGAGCUCUCAGUGGAAUCAAUGAGCACUUGCAGAGAAGGUUGCAAAUAGCGCUAGCUAGUCUUAUUGUUAUUUACAAUAGUAAGUGUAAUAGAAUAUUAACCAUGUUUCCAUGUCUUCUACAUUUACAAACUCAUUUUGACCUUGUGCUGAAGUUGUCUUGAAUUGAAGCCGUCUGUGCAGGUAGUUGAGAAGUCCCACUUUUUUGAAACUUGGAAAACAUUCCUUUUGAAAUUACGGACAGGCUAUGGUUGUAAUAGGUAUGAAUCAGGUUCGUGAUUGGCUGCAUUGAUACAAGAAACUGGUUCUGUGCCUGUCCUGUUUUAAGCCACAACGUUACUAUUACAGUAACUUAACCUAACACAGGUAAGUCUAUCUGGGCUUCUGUGUCUGCUGGUUUUCAUUCCACCCAAACUCUCAAUUACUUAACUAGACCAUUAAUUGAACUGAUCAUUUGCUUAAUUACACCUUUUUAAUUGUUUUCAGCUCUUGAACAGUUGCAUAUUUCAAGUUGGCCAUAACAGUUUAUAAGUAACUUGAACUGCAACUGUUUAAGCGCUGAAAACAAGUAUAAAAAAAGGUCUAAUUAAGUAAAUUAUGAGUUCAAGUAAGGGUUCAGUCAAGUAAUUGAGAGCUUGGUUGGAAUGAAAGCCAGCAGACACAGGGGGUCCCCUGAGAAGCCCUGGUCUAUGUGAAGAGGAAGAUGGAGUUAGUUCUUGGUGGUGCUAAACAAGGACAGCAGUCUUAAUAACCACAUUGACCCGUAAAGAUCAUAAAACACCUGGAACUGGUUCAUAGAAACUGUCUUUCUUAAGUUAACAGUUCAGAUUUUUGCCUGCACUGAUUUAUAUUGAAAUCUUGUGUUUUUAUAGAUGACUUUGUGGAUAGUAAUCAUGAUGUAUACAGUUUGGAGACUGUGUGUAAAUCAUUAUUUUUCUUUUUAAAAUCUGGAUCAAUCAAAUACUAGGAUAGAACACCUAGGGAUAUUCUAACUGUCGAACACUGAGGAGCACUAAUGUAUAAUAAUGUACAUAAUAGUCAAGUUGGAUGAUGAUGUUCUAGAAAUGUUGUUAUAUUUACCUCCUCAUCUCCAAGAUGUAUUGUUUUAAAAAGAGAAUCUAAUAAAAUAUUAACCACAUGGUAUACUGUAUGUAUUUCAAAAUCAAACUUUACUUGUUAAUAAAUCACAUGACCAUUUUUCUUUCA